AAGAGUGAAGAUAUAAGGGAGUGCGAGAGAUAGGGGGUGUGUGUGUGAGAGAGAGAAAAAGAGAGACGCGCACACACACACGCACAGACGAGGGGAAGUGAGGAGUGUGAAAAGAAAGAGGAGGCAGAGCAGAGAGAGGAGGAGACACUGCUGCUUCCGCCGCCACUGCUGCUGCCGCUGCUGCUUACACACACACACGCACCAUGGAGAGCAGACUUGAACCCACGGUUGCCAGUAUCCCCUGACUGCAUCUGCAAGAAGGCAAUGGAACGCGCUGGGAGAGGAGCAGGCGAGCGACUGACAGGGUCCGUCGCUCCUGUGUCCAGUCGUUAGCAGGCUGCUGCUUGCUGUGCUGUGCCGUGCCAUCGCGGUCUCCGCUAGUCUAUAAGGAGGGAAUUCUUCAGUCGUCUCCUCCGGAAGGCACAGCCCUCUGUUAAUAUUUGAUACAUUGCUUCCAUGCAGCAGGAAAGGAAACAGGCGGAAUAGCACGGGGGGGGUUGUGUUGGAGCUGAUACAGAUCAUUUUGGAUGGGCAAGAGGACGCAGUUGGAUUUACAAGAUAUCUGCACGCCACAAGGACACACAAUAUUUUAGCUUGGCAUGACUGCAUCUAAGGACGACUCUUAUCAAGAACCCUCUUCGUCCCUCAGGGCUGGCUUUCAGAACUCAUAAGUGUUUUAUGUGCUAGUUGUUGGCCACAAUUGGAUUUUAAAACUGUUGUGCUUCGCUGCAUCUGGAGGAAAAAAGCUAAAACAUUGCCCUCCAUGGUUUCUGCCCAUCUCAAAAAGCUAUCAUCUUACAUUAUAAAGAUUUAUAAAGGAAUGUUUACAAAGAAAUUGGCGAAUACCACAAAGAAGAAAGAGAGCAGUGAAACUAAAAAAGAACCCAAAUUGACCCCUGAUUUGCAUGCUCGGAAUCCAACAUUGUCCACAGCUUUAAAAACCACAGUGAAAAAAAUAUCUAAAUGCUCAUCUGCACGCAACAUUUCUCUUGAAGACGACGACGGACAAAACGACUGCUCUUCUCUUUCUCCAACCUUUAGUUACCGUGUAGCCAUCGCUAACGGACUACAAAAAAACGCUCUCUUGAACAAUAAUGAAAGUGUCUUUCAUGAAGUCUUGUCCAUUGAUAGUAGUUACUCUGACUCUCUGAGUGAAGCCAAACUUGUCCAUAGAUUCGAUGAACAAAAAGCUUAUACCAUGCCUGUGAGAAGGAAUAGGAAGAGUUUAAUCAGUCUGGCUCCUUCGGACGGGAGUUCAGAGGGUGAGAGGGUUGAACGCACCAGCUUGCAUACACUUCGGUUAGGUGCACUGCGGAAGCUAAGAAAAUGGAAGAAGAGUCAGGAGUGUGUUUCUUCCGACUCCGAGGUGAGCAACUGGAGGAAGACCCUGGGCAUUAGGAGCAAGUCAUUGGACCGCGCUGGCCGUCAGCACAAGACCCCAACUUUGGAGCCCGGGUCCAGCUCCACCGGCUGCAUUAGUCAAACCCAGGAUGUGAUGGAGAUGAUCUUUAAGGAGCUCCAGGGGAUCAGCCAAAUCGAGACAGAACUCUCUGAGCUACGUGGCCACGUCAAUGCGCUCAAGAACUCCAUUGAUGAGAUCUCUAGUAGUGUGGAGGUGGUGCAGAGUGAAAUCGAGCAGCUCCGCUCAGGCUUUGUGCAGUCGAGGCGAGAGACACGCGACAUACAUGAUUACAUCAAGCAGAUUAGCCAUCAGACCAACAAAUCUACACUGAGAUUUCUAAAUGUGCCUGAGGACAAGUUUGAGAAAACAGAGGAUCUCAUUUAUCAAAUUCUGAGGGAGAAAAUGGGUUUUGCUGAAGCACACAAGACACUAAAAAUUGAACUGGCCCAUCGAUUAGGGCAACAAAGAGAAUGCUCGAAUGCGAAACCGCGUCCCAUUAUAGUUAUUUUUUCAUCCCCACAAGACAGGGAUCUAGUUUUAAAAAAGAGCUAUAAACUUAAAGGAACAGGUAUAUCAAUCUCCACUGAUGGCUUUGGUCAGGAAGUAAAAGAGAAGAAAGAGAAAGGGAUUAGCUCCUCCCAAACAUAUGAGAGUAUGGAUAUGAAAAUUGCUGCCAAGGAGAAAGCAAUGACGACUGAAAGUGAUGACUGGGACUCAAUGGAAAGUGAUAAGGAGCUAGAUGAACUUAGCAAAAAUAAAUAUGCAAUGGUCACCAAGCCAGUCCAUAAAAGUAAGUCAGACAAAAAAAAGUCUCAUGACCGCUCUGAUGAUGGAGCAUAUGUCAGCUCAGUACAUUAUGCCGAUGAUAGCUAUGAUGACCCUGAUAAACAGAGCAAGCCUUAUUAUACGGACAUAACCCCUGGAUGGCUCUCUCAAAGUGACUACUCAACACCUAAACUCAGCCGCUCUGAGUCUGACUGCUCCAAACUAUGCCAGUCUUACUCAGAGGACUUCUCUGAGAGCCAGUACCUCAGCAGAACCAAUGGAUGUUCUCUUCUCUCUUCUUCAGAUCAGGAGCUAUGGCAACGGAAACAGGAGGACAUGGCCUCAGCUUGGUAUGCGAGUCCUCCCAGUCAGACCUUGAGUCAGGAAAACCCACCCUAUGUGGAGCCAAAUGAAGUGGAGACAACUGAGACCAUUGACAGUGGUGUAAGCAAUGGACUGGUCUGCAUAUCAGGAGACCGCAGUCACUAUAGUGGCUCACAGCUUUCCCUGCAAGGUGAUCUCUCUCCAUGGAAGGACUGGCAUCACUUAGAACAAGGUGCUGACUCUGGCCUUGAUGCUUCCACUGAGCAAAACAUAAUUUCUGAGGUCAGUAGCCCCUUUGACCCAUCAGCCAAUCCUGGCUUCCCAGAGAAUAUCACUAAAUGUCUGGAGGUGGAUUUGCAGUUUGAGGGUGAAAAUUACCUGACACUCGAUAGCACCCCAUCCACUGAACCUAUGUUAGAUAGUGAAAUUGCAAUUGAAAGUGAACUCAUAACUGAAAGUGAGCCUAUGAUGCAGAGCAUGCCAGUGAUAGAACACAAACCAGUGAAGGAAAGCAUGGUUGUUAGAGAGAUCAAACCAGUGAAGGAAAGCAAGCCUGUUAGAGAGAUUAAGCCAGUGAAAGAAAGUAAGGCAACAAAAGAGAGCAAGCCAAUCAAGGAAAUCAAACCUGUAACAGAGAGCAAGUCAGUCAAGGAAAUCAAACCUGUAACAGAGACCAAGUCAGUCAAGGAAAUCAAACCUGUUACAGAGAGCAAGUCAGUCAAGGAAGUCAAACCUGUUACAGAGAGCAAACCAAUCAAAGAAAUCAAACCUGUUACAGAGAGCAAACCAGUUGUUGAAACCAAGCCUGUUGUAAAAAAUGAACCAGUUGUGGAAAGCAAACCCGUGGUAGAAAGCAAACCUGUGGUAGAAAGUAAACAAGUCACUCAACCACAACCUCCCCCAAGCCAACACUUUAAAGAAGUUAAUGUCAAUCACUUUCCACAAAGUCAGAACAAAACAGCUACAAUGUACCGCAGUCAAAGUGAAAUCAGGACAGAACAAAUAGAAGAGGUGCCUAAAUCCUGGAGCAGUAGGCUCAGCAUAGAUCUCACCGACAAAAGCUUCAGCUUUGGAUUUGGCAACACCCUACAGAGAGCCAAAUCGGCAUUAGAAGUUGUUUGGAAUAAAGGCUCUCAGAGCACCAGUGCCCCCACAGAGGAACCAGCUAGCUCCUCAUUUAUGGGCCGAUUCAGGACCCAGUCCCAAUCCACACCCAAUGACUCAAGCACCACCAUUGACUCUGAUGUGUACGCCGAUUCAUUUUAUUACAAGGCAGAGGAUGAAGAGCAGGCGACUGAGCAACCCGUUGACAAUGAAACACAUUAUGUUGAAGUGAUGGAGCAGGUGCUUGCCAACCUAGAGAACAGAACCAAUGCCAGUGAACCUGAGGAGGAACCUGAGUACCAAGAGGAAUACCAAGAGCCAGAGGCCUCUCAGGACUACGAGGCGGACCAAGAGGGUGGAAAUAUUGUUCUGGAGUAUGACUGCAGCCUUGAUGACCAGUACGAUGAGGAAUAUGUUGAGGACUAUGAUGACAACCCAAUGACAGAGGACACACAAGAAUAUGAGGCCAUGGUUGAUUAUAUUGAUGUGACUGAGGACGCAGAUGACAACGAGGAGACUGAAGACAUUGAUGAAAUUGAAGAAGUUGAGGAAAUCGAGGAUAUUGAGGUUAUAGAGGAAACCAUAGAGAUUACCAAGGAAGAAGUGGUCAAAGAAGGUGUGGAGCAAGAGGAUGAAAACAAAAACAUACCUGAAACUACACCUGUUCCACCUCCAGCUGAAGCACCACCGAAGAAGCGAAUUCGUCCAACCUUCAAAGAGGCUGCGCUGAGAGCAUACAGGAAACAAAUGGCAGAGCUGGAGCAACAGAUUCUUGCAGGAGAUAGCAGUGCUUUGGACUCACAGGGUCAUGGAAAUGCUCUGGAUGCUUUGGGUUCAGGAGGGGCUGGCAGCAUACUUUAUGGUAUUGACAGUAUGCCAGAUUUACGUCGCAAGAGGACCAUGCCUAUUGUCCGAGACCUGGCUUUGACUUUGGCUGCUCGAAAGGCAGGCAUUUCGUUCGCCCUGGUGAACAGAUCUACCUUGAACAACGAGGAUCUGAAACUCCAUGUGCUUAGGAAGACCUUGCAGGCCUUGAUCUACCCCAUCUCAUCCACCACGCCCCACAACUUUGAGGUGUGGACGGCGACCGCUCCCACAUACUGCCAUGAGUGUGAGGGCUUGUUGUGGGGCAUUGCUCGGCAGGGCAUGCGCUGCUCUGAAUGUGGGGUCAAGUGUCAUGAAAAGUGUCAGGACCUUCUCAACGCAGACUGUCUACAGAGAGCGGUGGAGAAGAGCUCCAAGCAUGGAGCUGAGGACAAAACCCAGAACAUCAUCAUGGCCAUGAAGGAGCGCAUGAAGAUCCGGGAGAAGAAUAGGCCUGAGGUGUUUGAAGUGAUCCAGGAGAUGUUUGAGAUCACCAAGGAGGACUUUACCACGCACCUUAAGUCAGCCAAGCAGGCUGUGCUGGAGGGCACCUCCAAGUGGUCUGCUAAAAUCACCAUUACAGUUGUGUGCGCACAGGGCUUGCAAGCCAAGGACAAGACGGGCUCCAGUGACCCUUACGUCACCGUGCAAGUGGGGAAGACCAAGCGCAGGACCAAGACCAUAUUCGGAAACCUCAAUCCUGUCUGGGAAGAAAAAUUCUUCUUCGAGUGCCACAAUGCCACUGACAGGAUAAAGGUGAGAGUUUGGGACGAGGAUGAUGACAUCAAGUCGCGGGUGAAGCAACACUUCAAGCGGGAGUCUGAUGACUUCCUUGGCCAGACCAUUAUCGAGGUGCGGAUGCUGAGUGGUGAAAUGGACGUCUGGUACAAUCUGGACAAAAGAACGGACAAAUCUGCCGUGUCGGGCGCCAUUAGACUAAAGAUCAGCGUAGAGAUGAAAGGAGAAGAAAAAGUGGCUCCACCCCAUGGCCAGUACACUUGUUUACAUGAGAAUCUGUUCCACUACCUGACUGAGGUGAAGUAUGGCGGAGCCGUGAAGAUCCCAGAGGUGAAAGGGGACGAGGCCUGGAAGGUUUACUUCGACGAUGUCUCCCAGGAGAUAGUUGACGAGUUUGCCAUGCGUUUUGGUGUGGAAUCCAUCUACCAGGCCAUGACUCACUUCUCCUGCCUGUCUGCAAAGUACAUGUGUCCUGGGGUGCCAGCAGUCAUGAGUAACCUACUGGCCAACAUCAACGCCUACUUUGCCCACACCACUACAGCCACCACCAACAUCUCCGCAUCAGACCGCUUUGCUGCCUCCAACUUUGGGCGGGAGAAGUUCGUCAAGCUGUUGGAUCAGUUGCACAACUCUCUGAGGAUCGAUUUGUCAAAGUAUCGGGAUAACUUCCCUGCUGGCAACCCCGAACGUCUGCAGGAUCUGAAAUCCACGGUGGACCUGCUAACCAGCAUCACCUUUUUCAGGAUGAAGGUCCAGGAGCUGCAGAGUCCCCCCAGGGCCAGCAUGGUGGUGAAGGACUGUGUGCGCGCAUGCUUGGACUCAACGUACAAAUACAUAUUCGACAAUUGCCACGAACUCUACAACCAGCUACUUGACCAGACCAAAAAACAGGAACUUCCUCGUGAAGAGCAGGGACCCUCCAUUAAGAACUUGGACUUCUGGCCCAAACUCAUCACACUCAUGGUGUCCGUGAUUGAUGAGGACCGUACUGGUUACACACCCGUACUCAACCAAUUUCCCCAGGAACUUAACAUGGGCCAGAUCAGUUCAGAGAUCAUGUGGAACCUGUUUGCCCAGGAUAUGAAGUAUGCAAUGGAAGAGCACGAUAAACAUCGUCUAUGCAAAAGCACGGAGUACAUGAAUUUGCAUUUCAAAGUCAAAUGGUUCCAUAAUGAGUACGUCCGAGAUCUGCCAGCAUUCAAGGGGAUCCCACCGGAGUAUUCUCUGUGGUUCGAGCCUUUUGUUAUUCAGUGGCUCGAUGAGAACGAGGACGUGGCCAUGGACUUCCUUAAUGGUGCUCUCGAGAGGGAUAAGAAAGAUGGAUUCCAGGUGACGUCGGAGCACGCUCUCUUCUCCUGCUCGGUGGUGGACGUGUUCACGCAGCUCAAUCAGAGCUUUGAGAUCAUCAAGAAGCUGGAGUGCCCCAACCCACACGCGCUGGCCCACUUCAUGCGGCGAUUUGCAAAUACCAUCAACAAAGUUCUUUUGCAAUAUGCUGCAAUCAUAUCCAAGGAUUUCCCCUUGCAUGCAAGUAAAGAGAAAGUGCCCUGUAUCCUGCUCAACAACAUCCAGCAGCUUCGAGUCCAGCUCGAGAAGAUGUUUGAAUCAAUGGGAGGGAAGCAGGAGGAAGGGGUGGUGGCCUUCUGCAAGCUGGAUGCGGAGGCCAGUGAGCUGCUGAAGGAGCUCCAGAACAAGCUCAACACCGUGUUGGACCAGCUGAGCGGGGUCUUCGGCUCCAGUUUCAAGCCGGUCAUAGAGGAUUGUGUGAAGCAAAUGAAUCAGGAGCUGGUGCAGAUUAAAGGCAACGUGGGCAACAAGAGUAAUGCUGCUAUGGAUGCUGAGACUGUUCUGAGGCCUCUUAUGGACCUACUGGACAAGAACUUGAUGCUGUUUGCCAAGAUCUGCGAGAAGACAGUGCUGAAGCGGGUUUUGAAGGAGCUUUGGAAAAUCGUGCUGAACACCAUCGAGAGGCAGAUCGUCUUGCCUCCCCUUACGGACCAGAGUCAAGGAGCUCAGAUGAUAUUUAGUGCUGCAAAGGAUUUGGGGCAAUUAUCAAAACUGAAGGAACACGUGAUCCGUGAUGAGGCUCGUAGCCUGACACCACGCCAAUGUGCAGCCAUGGAUUUAGUGCUUCCCACAAUCAAGCAAUAUUUCCACGCGGGUGGUAAUGGUCUUAAGAAGACAUUUUUGGAGAAGAGCCCUGAUCUGAAGUCCUUGAAGUACGCUCUCAGCCUUUACACACAACCCACAGAUGCCUUGAUCAAGAAAUAUAUAUGCACCCAGACCUCUCAAGGUCAGUCGUCCGAUGGACCAGUGGGGGAGGUGUCCAUGCAAGUGGAUCUCGUCUCUCAUCCAGGCACGGGGGAGCACAAAGUCAACGUGAAGGUGGUGGGAGUGAACAACCUCAGCUGGAAGACCAGCGCCAUGUUCCGGCCGUUCGUAGAAGUCAACGCCAUUGGGCCACACCUCGCUGACAAGAAACGCAAGUUCAGCACCAAAACCAAGAACAACAACUGGUCCCCUAAGUACAAUGAAACAUUCCAAUAUGUACUGAGCAAUGAACACGGUCCAGAGACCUAUGAGCUUCACGUCUCUGUGAAGGACUACUGCUUCGCCCGGGAGGAUCGAAUCGUUGGCAUGACCGUUAUCCAGCUACGGGAGCUGGCUGACAAGGGAAGCCUGCCCGUCCUCUGCCCUCUAGUCAAGAACGUCUCCAUGGAUGAAACCGGCCUGACCAUCAUGAGGAUACUCUCUCAGAGGACCAACGAUGAGGUGGCUAAAGAGUUUGUGCGGCUCAAGUCCGACACAAGGUCUGCCGAGGAGGUGACGGAGCCAAAAAAAUAAAGCGAAACAUGCAGCGACGGAAAGCAGGGGAGGGGCAUCAGACGGAUAUCCCAGCUGGCCCAAGGAGUUGUGUUGUUUGUUUUUGUGCAUGUGCGUAAAACAUCUGUUGGAAUGUUCAUUUUAAACUACAGUACGUACAAGUGUUUACCUAAUGUAUGCUCACUGUUAAGUACUAUAUUCUACAAGUUACGUUCAAGGGACAUUCGGUACAUUUUUGUAAGACAUUAGUCUUUUUGAACAGAAAUUUGUUCAGAUAAAGUGCCAAACCAGAGUUUAAAAAAGAACUAAAACAGAACGAUAUAAAACUAUGGCGAACUUGGUAUCUUUUCAAAAUUUGCUUGAUUUGUCCAGUGUAUAAUCAUUCUCUUUGGCCGUGUAGCGUUUUACUCGUUAAGUCCUCUCAUUUGCACCAGUUCGUUACACAUUCCUUCACACAACACUGGUUGUGCAUGUCCUGUGUUCGACCAUGUCUCUCCCAUGAGUUCACAGUGACCACGGCAAAGGUCAUGAGCCUGCGCCCUCCAGUUCUUUGUAUUUUGAGCCAACCCUUAAAAAAGAGACCAUUUUUUAAACGGCGAUGACUGCUAUUUCAGACUUCAUAGGUGUUUGUAAUUUUAUAACCAUUGACAACAAUGAAGACAGCCUCUUGUGCUAUCAGUUGAAAAAAGGGUGGAACAGUCUUUUCUUUAAUGCCAUAUUUUAUGUGUGUUUUUUUCAGUCAUUGGCUUCCAGCCCUUCUGAAUUAUCACUGUGAACACGAGCUUUGGAAGGCGGGCUUACAUAACAUUGCUGACGGUUUGAUAUUGUCGUUUCAUAUAGGAAAUAACUUUGUUCCUGAGAAACUGCCAAAGUUAUAUAAAAUGUUUGUACAAAAAAAGCAAUCCAUUACCUGUAUGAAAAAAUAUAUAUGUACAUGUGCUAUAAGGAUUUUUUUUCAAAGCUACAUAUCCAAGUGGUGAUGGGGUGAUUUAUAAAGUUUUAUUUUGGAGAGUUAUGUGAAGCUGUUAACCAAUCUGAGAGUUGUAAAUGUUGCUUUACAUACAAGUUAUAUCAGCUUCUGUCAUUUCAUUUAUUUUCUUUACAAUGGAAAGAGUUUAACGUUUGGUAAUUAUGCAACAUUCCUAUGUAUUGCACUGAUGGCGAAUUGUAUGUCAUGUAAAUAUACUUAGUGAUAAAUUGUA